AUGCAACAAGAUGCGGACCAAAUCAUGAGCGGAGAAAUACUCAGAGAAUUAGCAGAGAUGAGAGAAAUGAUGACGGCGCGAAGAGAUGGUGGUAGGCGACAACUAGAUGAAUCAAUAGAGCAAGCGGGAAAAACACCUUUUGCAAGACAGAUACAACUCGCAGUAAUACCACCUAAAUGCAACCUACCUGUAUUUACUAAUAUCUUUGAUGGUAGCAUAUGUGCAGUACAUCAUAUAAGGGAAUAUAGCUGGUCUUUAUUACAGUGGGAAGAAAAUGAUGCGGUGUUAUGUAAAUAUUUCCAUGCGAGCCUGACAGGAGAAGCCUUGCAAUGGUUUGAAGGAUUGCCAGUAGGAACCAUUCGAUCAUUUCAUCACUUACAAAACAUAUUCUUAGGACAAUACAUCAACAAUAACAUGCUAAGACCAGGUAUUGAAAAAGUGUUCAGCUUACGCAGAAGGAUCAAUGAGAGCUUGCGUAGUUUAACCACACGUUGGAGGAUCAUGUGUAGCGAAAUGGCCAGACGAGUAGAUGAGGGAAACCUUAUACUAGCCUUCAUCAAUGAACUUUUUCCUACAGAUUUAUUGUAUACGGAGAUCUUCAGGACAAAAGAUACAAUAACUAUGGCGGAGUUACGCGAGUUUCAAGAAGAAUACUUAACUCUUGAAGAAAAACAAGCGAUAACAAACGCAAACGAGGAGAAUGCUAGCCUACUUCCAAGGACAGCAAAUGCUAUUGCAAGUACAUCCUAA